CGCGGCCGCGCGUGGGGCGUGAAACCGAGCGCGAGCGCGAGUGCGGAUGGCAUCGGCGGAGCAGCUCGCGCCCUUCCAGCACAUCGAGGUGCAGCUGCGCGGGGGCGCGCCUUGGGGGUUCACGCUGAAAGGGGGACUGGAGCACGGAGAGCCGCUCGUCAUCACCAAAAUCGAGGAAGGGGGCAAGGCGGCACAGUCCAGGAAACUGCGUGUUGGCGAUGAGCUGGUGAACAUCAGUGGCUCAACGGUCUACGGCUCUCGCCAGGAGGCGCUAGUGCUCAUCAAGGGCUCCUACAGGACCCUGAACAUGGUCGUGCGCAGGCAAAGUGUGCCCGAGAUAAGGCCUCACUCCUGGCAUCUGGCUAAGUUGUCGGAGCUGCCCAGUGCCACCCCGGACACCCCCCCUGCCAUGCAGUUACACCCCGCGCCCUUCACCGUACCAUGGCACUCCGGGGGUGACAACAGCGACCCAUCCAUGCAGUGGAGCCAGCUGUCUCGCCACUGUAGCACUGACCGCAGCAGCUCUCUGGGUAGCAUGGAGAGCCUGGACACACCCAGUCAGGGAUACUACGAGAGCCAGCUUUCCCCUGUGGACCCUGCCAUCUUCAACAAUAAGCGAGAUUCUGCCUACAGCUCCUUCUCAGCCAGCUCCAACACGUCGGACUGUACGGUGUCCCUGCGGCCGGGCGAGGCCAGCUCCAUGGAUAACCUAGUCCAUGGUCUAGGUCGCUCACAGCUGCCUGAUGGUGGCUCGGUUGACACGUGCGAGUCUCCAGCCCACCUUUCAGAGAGCAAGCCUCCAUCAUCUUCCUACAGCUUUGGGGAGCAGAGCAAGGCUGGAGCACUCCCUGAGCCCCUACAGCCCCCGGUGCACAAGGAUGGUUUCCAGGCCACCCGGGGGUGCUCGGGGACCAACGGAAAUUGCUGCGUCUCUUUGCUUGCGGACAUUCACAGUAAGUCCAGCUGCCAAGGUGAAGAUCCAUCAGAAGCGAGUGGGCUGAGCCGAUGCCAGUGUUACCCAGAUGGAGAUGGCAGGUGUGAGGGGAAAGGCACAGAGCAGUACUACAUGCUCAGCUCCCAGCAGGAGCCCUGCUAUGGCUGCACAAAAGGCAGAGACAGCACUUUGUCCAACUGCGUUGCUUCCACUGAGGCCAGUUCUCCAGCUCCCAGUCCUUCAAUAUACGACACCCCUUCCAAGGGCACAGCAGAGGUCCCAGCUCCCCAACUUCUUCCUCCCCUGAGCCAACGUGGAGUUGAAGUGCACCGACACAGUGUUCCCGAAAAGCUGCCGUCUGCUCAGUUGCAGCAGCUUGAGCUUUCCAGCGGCGUGUCUUGCCGCACUCCAUCCCCCUGCAGCCAGCGGUCUGGCUCACCCAGGGAUGAACUGGAGGUCCGCAUGGGUGGCGUUCCAUCUCUGCGGAGCUUGGACAGAAGCCAGUGUUCCACACCAGGCUCCGUGGGUGCCUUCGAGCAGGAGCAGUUACCCCACGGUGAGCCCUUUCAACACACUUAUGGACGGUCCCUCAGCAUGCCUGGAGAAGCUGCAAUUGCCUCCCUCAUGGGUGGUUCAUCUCCAAGACUCAGCACGGCAGCCAGCGUGGACACCCUAUUGGAAGAGACACGAGCUGAUGGGAGCGAAGCCCCCCCGCCCAAGCCAGGCUCAUCACGGCAGCGCCGCUCAGCUAAGGCACGCAGAUGCAGCGAUCGCUUUGCCACCAACUUGCGCAAUGAGAUCCAGCGCAAGAAGGCUCAGCUGCAGAGAAGUCAAGGUCCUGGCGCACCUCUGUAUGGGGACCAGACAGUGGAGGAAGAGGAGGACAGCGCUGAAUGCAAGGAGUCGCCGGAAGUUCACGUUCGUCCUCUGCCUUCUUCCAACAUCCCGGCUUCCUCGCGCAGACUGCCCAUUCCUCAGUCCCAGCCACACUCUCCAUCCUGCCCAAGUAGGAGUCCCACUUGGAUUCCUCAGUGCCCCACACUGACCAGACCAGGCUGCAACCAAACCGUGGAUGAACAGAACCAAACGGGGAAGGUCCGGCGUUGGCGCUGGACACCCGAACACAAGCUGCAGCCAGAGUUGGAGCAGGAGAGGCAGGCUGAUAUGGGAACCCGGCCAGGAGGGGGCAAGACGGCUAGAUCACGUUCCUCGUCCAGGACAGAUGACUGUGAAAUACUUCCUUUUGCGGAGCGAAUGAAGUUCUUUGAGGAGACCAGCCGGAGUUUGUCCGUGUCCAACCUCCCAGGCCUGACAAGCUGUGGCAAGAGGCAGGUAAACCUGACACAAGUCAAACAGUCACGAGAUACCUCGGGAGCCAGCCAGAGGCGCUACUCCUACCAGGGCUAUGUCCAGCGCCCCCCUCAGGCUCGGAGGCCAAGCGAAAGCAGCAAUCAUGAAAGAGAGGACCCACAUCAGACAACGGUGACAAAACAAGACUUUAGGCCCCAGAGACAUGUGCAGAGUAAUGGUCCACCACCGACGGAACACUAUGACAGGAAGGCCCCCCGGUCUACCUUCCAGCCCACGACUGAAAGAGAAAGUGGGGACCGCCAGCUACGUUAUCUUGGGAGCAGCCAAAGGAGCCACACGCCCACAGAGGCACAUCCUGUGCAGGAGAGGGAACAGCCUAAAGUGAACAGGAAGCUCAGCCUGACAGAACGGGACUGCAGAUGGGACUUCCAGCCAGCAGGGGGCAGUGUGCUGCAAGACUGCGGCAGCUGUUGGGGCAACUCCGGAGUAGCAAACACACUGUCGACUUACAGUGCGCAGGAGCCCCUGGGUCCGCAGCGAAGUCGCGCUCUAUCGGAAAGUGAAGUCCGCUUGGACACCCAGCAUCCGCGCACAAACCCAGCUGCGUUUCCGGGACCUGCUCUGUCAGAGGUUGAAGAGAGCAAUGGGAUGUCCAGAAGAAAAGGUCCACCGCCUCCAAGACCGCCACCGCCAAAAUGGGACGAGUUUCACCGUCGACGGGCAUCUCAGCAGAACAUCUUCUCCACCCCAUCCCCGACGCCCAGAGAAGCACUUGGCCCGCAGCGCUCCCCAGACAGCCUUUUCCGCCCUUCGAGUGACCUCGACGUGGCCCGGCAACGCUCUCAGAGUUUGCCCUUGGAGGCAGAGCCUGAGAACUUCCAGCGCUACAGCCAAGAGCGCCUUGCUGGCCACUGCAGCCCAGCCUUCGCACGCGGGGUCUUCCGACCAGUGACUGUGCCACCGAGGGAGCCGGAUGCGUCCUUCCGGCAUCCUGACCCUAACAGGGUGGCUUCACCCGGAAUGUCAGGUGACUCAGGGACGGCUGGGCUCGGGGUGCAGGACAGGCCGGCCCUCCUGAAACCCGUAUCCGCCAGACAACGCUGCGUGGCCGAAUGGGAUAGAGGUGUUCUGCAGGGCGGCACGAACGUUCCAGUGAUGGAGAACUCCUGCCAUCAGGGGGUGCACUCACCUCAGUUCUACUUGGCUGUUAAUUCCGUGACGUGCCAACGCAGAGGGAGUAGCUCCCCAAACGCCAGAAACCCGGAGCUGAGGACCAUCUGGCAGGAGGACAGCCGGCCAUUUGAGACGGACAUUGAUGAGUUUCAGGACGACUGCGGUGCGGAUGAGGCUGCGGCAGGAACGCAGGUGGAGGCGCACGGAUUCGCUCGGCCCGCAACCGUCCUGGAGACGGAUAUAGACACGAUCCCCGUGGCAGAACCCCACCCUCGCACCGCUCCCCCGCACCACCGCUCCCUGGCGGAGACCCUGCUGGCUGCCGAUGCUGAGGAUCAGACCCGGGCAAAUCUCCUCGAGGAGCUACUGCCCCCUGGUGGGGAGGGGGGAGACGCUGGCGCGGAAACGUGGCGGGGUGGGCGCCUCGAGCUAAGCAUGGACUCUUUGGAAAGGCGCUCCAGGCUGGAGUCAGCAAGGACUCGAGGUCCAGGCUCCAGCCACUCAUCCUACCGUUACCCAGCGGCCGUGCUGGGAACAGGUGAUGGGGGUGAGGAAGAGGAGGAGGAGCUGUCCUAUAAGAGGCAGCUCAUGGAGAGCCUGCAGAGAAAACUGAGUGUUCUUCGGGAGGCGCAGCGGGGGCUGCAGGAGGAGGUGCGUGCCAAUGCCCGGCUGGGCGAGGAGGUGGAGGCCCUGGUGCUGGCCGUGUGCCGUCCCUGCGAGGUGGACAAGUUCCGCAUGCUGGUGGGGGACCUGGACAAGGUGGUGAGCCUGCUGCUGUCGCUGUCGGGGCGGCUGCUCCGCGUCGAGAGCGCUCUGGACUGCCUCGGCCCCGACGCCGGCCACCACGAGCGGCACCCCCUGCUGGAGAAGAAGCGGCUGCUGCUGAGGCAGCUGGGCGAGGCGCGCGAGCUCAAGGAGCACGUGGACCGGCGCGAGGAGGCCGUGUGCCGGGUGCUGGGCCGCUGCCUCACCCCCGAGCAGCUGCGCGACUACGGCCACUUCAUCAAGAUGAAGGCCGCUCUGCUGGUGGAGCAGCGGCAGCUGGAGGACAAGAUCCGCCUGGGCGAGGAGCAGCUGCGCGCCCUGCAGGACAGCCUGGGUCCGGCCUUCGGGGCGUUGCUGGACUGCGGCCGCUCGUGACUACCUUCGCCUCGCACCGCGCGCUCCUUCUCCCUGGACAAAACGCCCGGCUGCGCGAAGGAACAGGGGUCCGGCGUGUCGGCCGGCGGACUCCUCAGAAUCGCACGGAUGAUCCCGCGCCCAAAGCGUGUCCCCGUGUCCAGCUGGACCCGACAAGAGUCCUGGCAGCGUUUCUUAUUUAUUUUAUUUAUUCCCCCGGUGCUCGGACGUUAAGCUUCAGGAAACACAAACUCUGGGCAGGUUAUUGAGAUCCGUGACUCCGCUGCGAUUCCCCUGCGAGGCAACUGGAAGAAGUGUCCGUAAACCGCGCCGCUUUGCCGGGUUUCGGAUCAGAAACUGUCCUGGACGGAGUCGCGGUGUCGGUGCGACUCAGUUGAACUUCCACUUAUUUGCACCAAAAAUGUUCUGUAUCAGUAUGUUAUUUUACAGUUUGACAUAAGCUCAAGGAAGUAUAAUAACUGUUUCUCAUUAUGCUGUGAGGCUCAUGGCUGUUAAUAUAAUAUAUUGUGUUUUUGCCCGAUGAAGAAUUCAUGCACAGCUCCGGUGCAGACAAGAUUUUUGCCUUCUCGCUUGUGUUUUAUGAAUUAUUGCUACUGUGUUUUUUAAAGAAUACCAGCACCAUAAAUAAUAAUAUUUAAUAUAAGC